AUGCACGCGCCGGUGCAGCAUUUCGGGAGUUACUUCCCGUUUCGCUCUCGCAAUCGGAUACCUGUCCUUAUCGCGUGCAUCAUCCUCUCGAUUUUCUUGUUAAACACGGGGAACCUGGGCCGCUUCGCCUAUCGGUCCUCAGUCACAGGCGGGCAUUUUCCAAGGAAAAUAUGGCAGUCCUGGAAAGUUGACCCUCUCAACUUUGAGGAGAGGGACCUGAACCUCGCCCGGUCGUGGGUUGGGAAGAAUCCGAGGUAUCGAUACGAAGUCUUGACCGACCAGAAUGAUAUGCAAUAUGUCGAGACUUACUUUGGCCCCGAGGGCUUCAAUCGACCGGAUAUCGUCUACGUCUACCGCCACCUCACCGCGAAAAUCAUCAAAGCCGACCUCCUCCGCUACCUGAUUAUGUACGCCGAAGGAGGCGUCUGGACCGACAUCGACGUGGAGGCUCUCAAGCCGCUGGACUUCUUCAUUCCCGAGCGCUACAACGAGAAGUCCAUCGACAUGAUCGUCGGAGUCGAGAUCGACGAACCUGAAUUCUCCAACCACACCAUCCUUGGGCCGAAAUCCCAGUCGUUCUGCCAGUGGACGUUCAUCUGCAAACCCAAGCUUCCGGUGAUGCUACAGCUGAUCAACAACAUCAUCAUCUGGCUGGACGGCGUGGCCCGCGAGCAAAACAAGCCCAUCUCCGACAUCGAGCUGGACUUUGACCAGGUCAUCAGUGGCACCGGCCCGUCCGCGUUUACCAACGUGAUCUUGGCGGAGAUGUCAAAAAGGGAAGGCCAUGAGGUCAAUUGGCACACCUUCACCAACCUGCGGGAAUCGAAGUCCGUGGGCGGAAUCCUCGUUCUAACCGUCGAGGCCUUCGCCGCCGGCCAAGGCCAUUCCGAUUCCGGCAAUCACGAUGGCAAGAUCGCACUGGUCAAGCACCAUUAUCACGCGUCGGGCUGGCCGUCGAACCACCACCGGUACAGCCAUCCGAUGUUCGGCGAAGUGGAAGCCUGUAACUGGAAUAUGGAGUGCGUGCAGAAAUGGGACGCGGACCUCGCGGAGUUCGAGGCCCUAUCGGAGGAGGAGCAGCAGAAGCGGAUCGCCGUCAAGGAAGCCGAGGACGCUGCGCGAGCGGCGCAGGAGGGGGGUUGA